AUGAACUCCCGGAACGUUUGUAGUUUCGCUCCAAUUAUAGGAUUGGUUCGUCGGUCAUGCUACAAUAGUACUCGCAGAAAUAUACUGUUGGAUGACAAGACUAAAUUGAUAUGUCAAGGGUUUACGGGGAAACAAGGAACUUUUCAUUCUCAGCAAACUCUUGCUUAUGGCACGAAACUUGUGGGUGGAGUUUCACCUGGUAAAGGAGGCAGUUCCCAUCUUGGAUUACCUGUUUUCAACACUGUGAACGAGGCUAAGGAAGCUACAGGUGCAACAGCCACUGUUAUUUACGUGCCGCCACCUCAUGCUGCCGCUGCUAUCCAUGAAGCUAUUGAUGCACAGGUUCCUCUUAUUGUCUGUAUAACCGAAGGUAUCCCACAACAUGAUAUGAUACGUGUACGAAAGCGUCUUUCUGAACAGUCUGCCUCAAGAUUAAUUGGACCAAAUUGUCCAGGAAUAAUAAAACCGGACGUAUGCAAAAUUGGUAUUAUGCCUGCACAUAUUCAUAAACCAGGAACGGUAGGAAUAGUAUCCAGAUCGGGGACAUUAACUUACGAAGCUGUCUUUCAAACUACACAGGUUGGUCUUGGUCAAUCCCUGUGUAUUGGAAUCGGUGGCGAUCCAUUUAAUGGAACAAACUUCACCGACUGUCUUGAGGUGUUUUUAAACGAUCCUAAUACAAAAUCAAUAAUCCUGCUUGGCGAAAUCGGUGGUGACUCAGAAGAACAAGCUGCCGAAUUCUUAAAAGAGCAUAAUACUGUAAGUUUUUACGUUCAACUUCCUUCAGUGUUUCUGUGCAUCUGUUAAGUUUCGAUCUACAAUGAGUACGGAAUACAUUAGAUCAGAAGCUUCAUAGCUCAACGUACACUGGUCCAAACCGCAAACCAGUUGUAUCUUUUAUUGCCGGUGUUACAGCGCCACCUGGACGUCGUAUGGGUCAUGCUGGAGCUAUCAUUUCGCUAGGUAAAGGUGGUGCUAAAGAGAAAAUGGCAGCUUUAGAAAGUGCAGGUGUUGUUGUCACACCUUCCCCAGCUCAAAUAGGUAAAACUCUCUUGCAAGCCAUUGCAGAUCUUCCAAACUCGUAAAUAGACUUAUUUAUCGUCAAGUUUUCUCAAAUAUAUCGAAGAUUAUUGCGCUUUAUAUUAUUUGAUUUUUCAUCUUCUAUACGUUGAGUGUCUUAUUUACAUUGCUAGUUUUUUUUUUCUGUACUAAAUUGUUUUCACUUGAAUUCUUGUCCACAUGUUUAUGCGAUUAAAUAUUCGACUCGAUUCAGUAUACCACCAAUUCUUGUUAAGUCAAUUUUGAUAAAUGAAAGAGUUGUGUCUUAUUCCGUAGAAUUGUGUCUUAUAUAUGUGUUUUCAUUUUUGUAACUUUCAUCUCUUUUUGGUAGACAUUAAAAUAGAAGUAAUGUUUUGUGCUGCUAGCUAACACUAAAAAAUGAUGUUAUCAAAAACUGUUGGUUUUUUCAAGGUACAGCCCAUCGAUCGACAUUACUAGUUGAGAUUAUUUCCUCAGUCAUAGCACCAUUAUAUAUAUAUAUAUUCUUUUGAUUACUACUCAUAAGUCAUUUUGAUUAAUAUAGUCUCUAAAAUCA